AACGCAGACUGCUACUACCGCUCAGGCGUCGCGACUGCGCGCAUCAAGAGAGAGUGUACAAAGUUCACGCAGCGACCCGACGUGCGUCAUUCGCUUAAAUUCGUUCGGCGCAGACGCAGUUUAAGUGUAAUAACUGAAUUUUGAACCAAAGUGAUUUUUAAAUUAAAAUUGUGUGAGCACCUGUGGAUUAUUACAUUAUUACACUUGGAUAUUUUAAUAAAUCGUAAAAAAAACAUUAAAUAUGGUUACCGAAAGUGGAAAUGUUGCCCAAUCGGCAAUUACCAGCACCAAUAAUGAUAGUGUUGGUAUAAAACGCAGUUCUGAUCGCAGGAGUAACAAGCCUAUCAUGGAGAAGCGGCGUCGUGCGAGGAUCAACAACUGUUUGAAUCAGUUGAAGACUUUGAUUUUGGACGCCAUGAAAAAAGACCCUGCUAGACAUUCCAAAUUAGAAAAAGCAGACAUCCUCGAAAUGACCGUCAAGUACCUCCAGAAUGUCCAACAUUCACCAUCAUCGUCUUCAGACUCCACCGCGAAUAAAUUCCGCGCGGGUUUCGCCGAAUGCGCCAGUGAAGUCCAACGCUUUCCCGGUUUAGACGCACCAGUUAAACGUAGACUACUCAAACAUCUCGCCACCUCAAUGAAUUCCCAACAAAAUACUUCACCCUCUUCAUCACCAAACCAAAUAAAAACCGAUGAGUACCCGAUUAAUCCAGGCGCUAUUAUAAUGCACAAUGGCGUGCAACUCGUGCAGACGCGUUUACCCAAUGGUGAUAUCGCGUUGAUGUUCCCGAAUAACAUACCUCACCCGAAUGUGGGUACUAUGCCUCUACUGGUGCCGAUACCCACGCGUACAUCGUCGACGUCGUCCGCGUCUUCAUCUUCUUCACAUUAUUCUUCAUCGCCGGAGAGUCCUGAACCCAUGGAGGUGCAGAUGCAGCGUUACAGCCCUCCGAUGCAGAAACCGUUGAGUUUGGUGAUGCGUAAAGAUGAUUGUGACGAUGAUGAUGACGAUGAAGAUGAUGAAAAAGUAUGGCGGCCAUGGUGAAAUAGUGAUGUAAUGUUGGUUGCAUAACAUAUUGUGCCUUCACUUAGAAGGGGAGAAGAUGACUCACUAGUUGUUAAGUUAUUUGUGAUAUUAUACUUGUACAUGCAUAUCUAGAAGACCUAAAAUCUUAAAAAUUCUUAAAUUGCAUAUUUACCUCUUUCUUAUUGAUGGAAACUGUGAACAGUGAGUUUUGUAUGGAUUUAUUAGUAUUAUAAGAGCUGAGAUGUGAGAAUUCGGUGCCUUAUUGUAUAUAGUCAGAGAUGCAGAGUGCAGAUGCGUAGAUUGCCUAGAAUUCUAGAAUAAAAUUAUAAAUUUUUAUUGAAAUGUAUUGUAAAGUAAAAAAUUGGAUGAAACUUACUGAUUUAUACGAAGAUAUUUUAUGAAAUAUUGUAGAUUCGCACUGGUUCCACACGCAAUUGUAUAUGAAUUUAUAUUUUACACUUACACACUGAACAUGAGGAGAAUAAAAUAUUUAUUAUUAAUUUCCAAA